CAAGCAGUGACGAAGCCACAAGUCCACCCCAGCCUACAGCCUAGUGUCCGCGGUGGUGGUGCGGGUUUCAGGAUUCGAAGUCCAAGCCGUGAUUAGUGAGCCACCCACCCGUGUUGGGGCUAGACGCCAGCCCAUCGGGCCACUGUCUCGAGAUUCUCGGGAUUAUUCCGCCAGCCCCCGCCCCAUUCGCCCCAGACGCCCGAUUGCCAGCAAGCCGCUACCUCUGACCGGGCCUUGCGCCAUUGGCGAUUGUUAGCUCAGCCCACCCACGCCUCGCCGCCCGGUGUGGGCGGACCGCCAGCCGUCGGCCGAGCCGCAUCCAGUACCCCACCGGUGGUUUGAGAGAGCUUGAGCCUCAAUUGAUUAAUUGAUUGAUUGAUUGAUCGGCAUUGCUUGGCCGUGGGCAUCCAUCCAGCCCUUCAGCCAUUCAGCCGGGUCGAUGGAGGCGGUGGCCAAGCACGAUUUCAACGCCACGGCCGAGGACGAGUUGUCCUUUCGGCGGCAUCACAUCCUGAAGGUGCUCAACAAGGAGGACGACAUGAAUUGGUAUAGAGCCGCACUUGAUGGUAAUGAAGGCCUAAUUCCGAGCAACUAUAUUGAGAUGAAGCCGCACAAUUGGUACUACGGUCGAAUAACCCGGGCCGAUGCCGAGAAGCUGUUAGCCAACAAACACGAAGGUGCCUUUGUGGUGCGGGUCAGUGAGUCCAGUCCCGGCGACUUCUCCCUCUCCGUCAAAUGCGGCGACGGCGUCCAGCAUUUCAAAGUGCUCCGAGACGCCCAAGGCAAAUUCUUCCUCUGGGUGGUCAAGUUCAAUUCCCUCAACGAGUUGGUCGAGUACCAUCACUCGUCGUCCGUGUCGCGAUCACAAGAUAUCAAACUGAAGGAAAUGGUGGCGGACGAGUUCCUGGUCCAAGCCCUCUACGACUUCUCGCCCCAGGAACAAGGCGAGCUGGAGUUCCGACGAGGCGACAUCAUCACGGUCACGGAUCGGAGCGAUCAGCAUUGGUGGACGGGCGAGCACGGUGCUCGGCGAGGCCUCUUUCCCGCCACUUAUGUCACGCCCUACCACAAUUAGGGGCCCUCCCUUUGGCCACUCGCCACAGACACAAUCAGAAUCAGAGUGGCUGCGGCAUAGAAUGACAGCCAGCAACCGGCCGGUGGAGGACCUGCUUCAGAUCGAAAAUAAGAAAAGCCAACAUAACGCUCCUUGUAGCCUUCCAAUCUUACGGAUCAUGUUUUCACUAGUUUUUUAUAUAUAUUAAAAAAAAGAUGAAAAGAGAAGAAGAGCCUAGUACGAAUUUUUUCUCCCUCGAUGCCAAGGUUUUCGGAUUAUGAUGAUGAUGACAACCUGGACGGGAGGAACAGAAACCUCCGAUUAGCAUCAUCUUUACUACUACUACUACUACAACUCUUGAUGCAGCUCUUACUACAACUACUACUACUACUACUACCAUCCCACUCUCUUCUUCCAUCAUUUUACCAUAUGACUACCCGCCCCCCCCCCUCUCAGAUUUUCCUCUUCGUCCUCCCCCAACAUGAGCCCAAGCACUUGUGAUAAAACCAGACACUCGCUCCCACAUCUAAAUGGGUUCAAAGUGAGUCUCUUUCUAUGUGUCUCAACGGAAAACCCUUCAGUUUGGUCGUGCUCCAUCGCCAAUGGCUCUCGGAAAGUUUUUUUGGUGCCAACCAGGACCUGGAAAAAGAUGGCCUUACUUCUGUGUCACGACCGCAAAAC